UUUCCUCUGUCGCGUAUUUGUCACAUCACAACCAUAACACAGGCUGGGGAGAGAGGAGCUCACAGCGCAGAAGGGACGAGUCGAGGGCUGACGCUGUGUGAGGAUGGGGGAGAGAAAAGGAACCAACAAGUAUUACCCUCCAGACUUUGACCCGGCCAAGCAUGGCUCCCUCAACCGCUACAAGAACAGUCACCCUCUGCGGGAGCGAGCCAGGAAGCUGUCCCAGGGCAUCCUCAUCAUCAGGUUUGAGAUGCCGUAUAACAUCUGGUGCGACGGCUGCAAGAAUCACAUAGGAAUGGGCGUCCGUUAUAACGCUGAGAAGAAGAAGGUCGGCAAUUAUUACACAACCCCCAUCUACAGGUUCAGGAUGAAGUGCCACUUGUGUGUGAAUUACAUUGAGAUGCAGACGGACCCAGCGUCAUGUGACUACGUGAUUGUGAGCGGUGCGCAGAGGAAGGAGGAACGCUGGGACAUGGCGGAGAAUGAGCAGAUACUUACAACAGAACACGAAGAGAAGCAGAAGCUGGAGACAGAUUCUAUGUUUCGUCUUGAGCAUGGAGUCAAGGAUAAAGAAAAGCUCCAGAGGGCAGCGCCAUCGCUGUCCGAGCUGCAAGAGGCUCAGAGCGCGUGGCGGGACGACUUCGCCAUCAACAGCCUCCUGCGCAGCAAGUUUAGGGAGGAGAAGAAGCAGAUCCUAGAAGAGGAGGAGCGCGAUCAGGCUCUGCUCAAGAAGACAUCGCUGGAGCUGAAGCUUCUGCCGGAGGCUGAGGAGGAUAAGAAGCUGGCGGCUCUCCUCAAGUAUCGCAGCCUGGAGUCGUACGACCAGAAGCAGCAGAAGAAGCGCUCGGAGAUCAGCGGCCGCUCGUGGUUCUUCCCCUUGGGUGACAGGAAGCUCCAGACAGCGGGGAACGCAAUGAAAAAGUUAAUGAUCCAACCCAAACCUCCGGCGAGCCCAGGGGCAUCCGCCGUAGCUCUCGGGGUAGUGCGACGGACAUCAAAAGAUGGAAGUCAGUCAGACAGCAGGAGACCGACAGCGGAGGAGGCAAGCGGGCACAGCAGUGGAGGAGAGCGGCAGCCAGGGGGCAGUGUUGCACAGACUGUCAGUAGUACUGAGGACGAUGCCCCCAGACCCCCCACAUCUACAUCCGGCCUGGUCGCUGACUACUCCGACUCCAGUUCUGAGGCGGAGGUGUAGCGGGGUUAUGUCUGUACUGUAUAUAGUGUGUUAUAAUAUGCCUGUAUAUAAAUAUCAUGUUAUUUUAUGGAA